CGCCAGGGGUCCUUCCAUCGUCAACACCGGAACAACACGUGAACAGAAGAGGGGUCAGGAUGGGUCGCUCCUCCAAAGACAAGAGGGACAUAUACUAUCGUCUGGCCAAAGAGGAAGGCUGGAGGGCGAGGAGCGCCUUCAAGCUGCUGCAGCUGGACCAGGAGUUCAACUUGUUCACAGGCGUGAACAGAGCGGUGGAUCUGUGUGCAGCUCCUGGCAGCUGGAGUCAGGUCCUCAGUCGGAAACUCAGAGGUCUGGAGGAGAAAGGGGAGAAGGACGAGGAGGUGAAGAUCGUGGCGGUCGACCUGCAGGCCAUGGCUCCUCUGGCAGGAGUCACCCAGAUCCAGGGAGACAUUACCAAGGUGUCCACAGCUCAGGAGAUCAUCCGUCACUUUGAGGGUCAGCCGGCUGAUCUGGUGGUGUGCGACGGAGCUCCAGACGUAACCGGUCUCCAUGACGUGGACGAGUACAUCCAGGCUCAGCUCCUAUUGGCCGCUCUGAACAUCACAACUCACGUCCUGAAACCUGGAGGGACGUUUGUGGCCAAGAUCUUCAGAGGGAAAGACGUGACUCUGCUGUACUCCCAGCUCAAGAUCUUCUUCAGUGGUGUGACCUGCGCCAAGCCCCGCAGCAGCAGGAACUCCAGCAUCGAGGCUUUCGUUGUGUGUCAGAAUUACUCCCCUCCUGAAGGCUACGUCCCCAACAUGUCCAACCCUCUGCUGGAUCACUCCUACGACGUGGACUUCAACCAGCUGGAGGGUCCGAACCGCGUCAUCGUUCCCUUCCUGGCGUGCGGCGACCUCAGCGCCUUCGACUCCGACCGGACGUACCCCCUGCAGCUGGACUCUGGUAAACGGUACGAGUACACCCCCCCCACGCAGCUGCCGAUCCGCCCCCCCUACCAGCAGGCCUGCCACCUCCGCAAAAACAACCUGCUGUCCAGAGAGGACGCCAAACGUCCCGACCAGAGCCAAGACGAGACGGGUCCGCCAGCCAAAUCCAACUCAUCCGUCUGACAGCUGCUGAUCUGCGGGGAACGUUACACAGCCAUUAAAUAGAACAGUUUGAUACUUUGGGGAAAGUCUCUCAUUUCUGUCCGACAAGAAGAUGGAAAUUAGUUUAAUUUCUUUCCAGUAAAGAGGCCAAGCAAGUUUAACUUAGCAUAACGACAGCUACCCUUUCCCUGCAUCCAGUCUUUAUGCUCAGCUAGGCUAAACAUGCUCUGGACGGUUUGCUGUACUUUUUAAAGCCUGAAGAGUGUGUGUUUUUACCACCUUUUGUCUGAAUUUAUGUUCAGUAUCUUGGGACAAAUCCUUCAUCCACCACGGUUGAAGAACUGACAACAUUUUGUAUUUUAACAAUAAAAGUCAUUUCUUUUAAGUGUAAUUAAACACUGAAAUAGG